GAUGCUGUAAGACUUUAGACCGUGUGGAGAGUGGUCGGAACAAGUGGCUGGAAGUAGACAUACCUACCUGCCUGGUGCUAACUCAACGGAGUCUAUUUUUUAAGCAGGCAAAAAGAAAACCCUCCCGAACAUGAGUAAGGACACCGAGGUCGAUAUGAAGGAUGUUGAGUUGAACGAGUUGGACCAGGAGAAACUACCGAUGACCGGCGACGGACCGGGGGCUGAGAAGAACGGAAACUUGAAGCAGAAGGAACCGGAGGAGGAUGUUAAGUUUACCGGGCUGUCGAAGGAAGAGCUCAUGAAAGUCGCUGGCACACCCGGGUGGGUGAGGACACGCUGGGUGCUCCUGGUCUUGUUUUGGUUGGGCUGGGUGGGGAUGCUGGCUGGGGCCAUAGUGAUCAUCGUCCAGGCCCCCAGGUGUAAACCCAUACCUGAGAUGAACUGGUGGAAUCAGGGUCCUCUCUAUCAGAUCGCUGACCUGGACGCCUUCAACCACGACAAGGGAAUCAAAGGUGUAGUUGAGGUACUGGACAGUCUGAACCAGUUGAAGGUGAAGGGCCUGGUUCUGGGGCCUCUUCACACUGUCCAGCAGGACAAAGCAGACACCUUAGACCUGGUCUCUAUGGACCCCAGGGUAGGAACUGACCAGGACCUGCUGGUUUUGCUGGACAAGGCCCAUAAGAAGGGUAUCUCUGUGGUGUUGAAUCUGACCCCUAACCCUGGAGCUGACCCCUGGUUCAGUCCUGACCACUUACCUAAAGUACUGGACAAACUCAGGGACGCUGCUGAACACUGGCUGGGGAUGGGCGUGGACGGGGUGCAGGUGUGCGGCCUCGCUGCUGCCAGCGCCUCUUCUGAUUGGUCCAAGUUCCAGGGUGUCGUCCAGGGCAACAGGACGGAGGUGGACGUGAAGAAGAGAGCUCUAAUAGGAGUGGUUGAUGGUCAGGACUACUCUGCCGUCUCUCAACUUCUCAACUCUUCUGGUGUGGAUCUGAUACUGUCUGAUGUCCUUAACAAGGCAAACUCCGGUAUCGAGAGAGCGAAGUCCAUCCACGGCCUGGUGUCUACCCAGAAACAGAGCUCUUUAGCCUGGGGGCUAGGAGGCAGUUUGGGGAACCAUCUGGCUUCAGUGAUGGAGAAACCAGACCUGGUACGACUUUACCAACUCAUGCUUUUCACCCUGCCUGGAACACCUGUUUUCAACUACGGAGAUGAGUUGGGGCUCGUGGACCAGGGCUCCACCUCUCCUAAGAUGCCGUGGGACACUGAGGAAGAGGUUGCUGCUGAAGGAGCUGUGAAGAACGAGACAGCCGAGGCCCAGAAGACUCAUCGUCUGACAUGUCGUUCGUGGUUUAAGACCCUCUCUGACCUGAGGGGUAAAGAACGUUCCCUCCUUCAUGGGGACUACUUCCACCUCCACUCCUCCUCCGCGUCCCUUGCUUUCCUGCGUCUGUGGGACCAGAGCGAACGAUACCUGACGGCCGUUAACUGGGGCUCCGCCACCUUAACCAUGGCCCUCAACCACACAGAGCUGAGCAUCCCGGAGCAGGCUAAAGUGAAGCUUAGUACUGACCCUGAAAACCUGGCUGCGGACAGCUCUGUCUCGCUGGAUAAACUGCUGCUGGGACCCGGACAGGCUGUCCUAUUGACCUUUCCCUUCGCUUAGGAGGGGCUAGAACAGAGACCAGGACUAGAACAGAGACCAGGACUAGAACAGAGACCAGGACUAGAACAGAGACCAGGACUAGAGCAGAGACCAGGACUAGAGCAGAGACCAGGACUAGAGCAGAGACCAGGACUAGAGCAGAGACCAGGACUAGAGCAGAGACCAGGACUAGAGCAGAGACCAGGACUAGAGCAGAGACCAGGACUAGAGCAGAGACCAGGACUAGAGCAGAGACCAGGACUAGAGCAGAGACCAGGACUAGAGCAGAGACCAGGACUAGAGCAGAGACCAGGACUAGAGCAGAGACCAGGACUAGAACAGAGACCAGAAUAAGAAACUACUAAACAUAACUUUUACACCUGGAACAAAGGGAGAAUGCAGAGAAUGUUUUAGAUCACAUAAAACAAGCAGACGGAAUAUAUAGUAUAAACAGCAGUAUUUAGCCAGUGCUUAAAAAGUAUUAAAUGUUAGACCAGAAUGACUAUUUCCAACUGUUAAAACAUUCCAGUUCAGAUUUGAUCAAAUGUAUUUUUUUGGGGCCAUUGUUUCAAAACAUUUUAAAAGGAAGUUCUUUCUAAUGUUGUUUUAUGACCUCUUGAGUUGAACUGUUGAAGUAGGAAAAUAUCAGUUUGAAUUUAAAAAAUGUAUUAUUUUUUUUCUUCAAUCUGUUUAUUCCAUUCAGUGGAAUAUAAUUGUUAUUCAACUUGCUAGUAUUGGAGACGAUUGCUAGACGUUGUUCUGACUAAAACUUGCUAGUAUUGGAGACGAUUGCUAGACGUUGUUCUGACUAAAACUUGCUAGUAUUGGAGAAGAUUGCUAGACAUUGUUCUGACUAAAACUUGCUAGUAUUGGAGACGAUUGCUAGACAUUGUUCUGACUAAAACUUGCUAGUAUUGGAGACGAUUGCUAGACAUUGUUCUGACUAAAACUUGCUAGUAUUGGAGACGAUUGCUAGACGUUGUUCUGACUAAAACUUGCUAGUAUUGGAGAAGAUUGCUAGACAUUGUUCUGACUAAAACUUGCUAGUAUUGGAGACGAUUGCUAGACAUUGUUCUGACUAAAACUUGCUAGUAUUGGAGACGAUUGCUAGACAUUGUUCUGACUAAAACUUGCUAGUAUUGGAGACGAUUGCUAGACGUUGUUCUGACUAAAACUUGCUAGUAUUGGAGACGAUUGCUAGACAUUGUUCUGACUAAAACUUGCUAGUAUUGGAGAAGAUUGCUAGACAUUGUUCUGACUAAAACUUGCUAGUAUUGGAGAAGAUUGCUAGACAUUGUUCUGACUAAAACUUGCUAGUAUUGGAGAAGAUUGCUAGACGUUGUUCUGACUAAAACUUGCUAGUAUUGGAGACGAUUGCUAGACAUUGUUCUGACUAAAACUUGCUAGUAUUGGAGAAGAUUGCUAGACAUUGUUCUGACUAAAACUUGCUAGUAUUGGAGAAGAUUGCUAGACGUUGUUCUGACUAAAACUUGCUAGUAUUGGAGACGAUUGCUAGACAUUGUUCUGACUAAAACUUGCUAGUAUUGGAGAAGAUUGCUAGACAUUGUUCUGACUAAAACUUGCUAGUAUUGGAGACGAUUGCUAGACGUUGUUCUGACUAAAACUUGCUAGUAUUGGAGAAGAUUGCUAGACGUUGUUCUGACUAAAACUUGCUAGUAUUGGAGACGAUUGCUAGACAUUGUUCUGACUAAAACUUGCUAGUAUUGGAGAAGAUUGCUAGACGUUGUUCUGACUAAAACUUGCUAGUAUUGGAGACGAUUGCUAGACAUUGUUCUGACUAAAACUUGCUAGUAUUGGAGAAGAUUGCUAGACGUUGUUCUGACUAAAACUUGCUAGUAUUGGAGACGAUUGCUAGACAUUGUUCUGACUAAAACUUGCUAGUAUUGGAGAAGAUUGCUAGACGUUGUUCUGACUAAAACUUGCUAGUAUUGGAGACGAUUGCUAGACGUUGUUCUGACUAAAACUUGCUAGUAUUGGAGACGAUUGCUAGACGUUGUUCUGACUAAAACUUGCUAGUAUUGGAGACGAUUGCUAGACAUUGUUCUGACUAAAACUUGCUAGUAUUGGAGACGAUUGCUAGACGUUGUUCUGACUAAAACUUGCUAGUAUUGGAGACGAUUGCUAGACAUUGUUCUGACUAAAACUUGCUAGUAUUGGAGACGAUUGCUAGACGUUGUUCUGACUAAAACUUGCUAGUAUUGGAGACGAUUGCUAGACGUUGUUCUGACUAAAACUUGCUAGUAUUGGAGACGAUUGCUAGACAUUGUUCUGACUAAAACUUGCUAGUAUUGGAGACGAUUGCUAGACAUUGUUCUGACUAAAACUUGCUAGUAUUGGAGACGAUUGCUAGACGUUGUUCUGACUAAAACUUGCUAGUAUUGGAGACGAUUGCUAGACGUUGUUCUGACUAAAACUUGCUAGUAUUGGAGACGAUUGCUAGACGUUGUUCUGACUAAAACUUGCUAGUAUUGGAGACGAUUGCUAGACGUUGUUCUGACUAAAACUUGCUAGUAUUGGAGACGAUUGCUAGACGUUGUUCUGACUAAAACUUGCUAGUAUUGGAGACGAUUGCUAGACAUUGUUCUGACUAAAACUUGCUAGUAUUGGAGACGAUUGCUAGACAUUGUUCUGACUAAAACUUGCUAGUAUUGGAGACGAUUGCUAGACAUUGUUCUGACUAAAACUUGCUAGUAUUGGAGACGAUUGCUAGACGUUGUUCUGACUAAAACUUGCUAGUAUUGGAGACGAUUGCUAGACAUUGUUCUGACUAAAACUUGCUAGUAUUGGAGACGAUUGCUAGACAUUGUUCUGACUAAAACUUGCUAGUAUUGGAGACGAUUGCUAGACAUUGUUCUGACUAAAACUUGAAAGGAGUACAAUAAAAGUCCUGUGUAAUGUUGCCUGGUGACAAUCAAGCAUCGACCUUUGUCUCCUUCCUCCUUCUGAUGUGUAUGUGUUCUAUCUGUGGAUGCCUCAGAGUGUGUGCACUACUUGUUCUGUUUUUGAGUGUGUGUGUGUGUGUGAUAUUGGCCUAAUGCCACAUGCUUUCCGUUAAGCUCAGGCAGAGGAACAUUACAGGUGUGUUAAUGUCGGCUCCAUGAAACAGCCCAAUGUGUGUCUCUCACCUCACGCAGGUGCUCAGAAGAUAUAAAUAAACCACGCUCUUGUUUGUUCAUUCCAA